UUUUCCCAGAAACCGGAGGCUGUCAGAGAGAGAGAGGAUCCAUCGCUGCGGCUCUCUGACACAAACAGCAGCUAUGUGGCUUUAGCAAUUCAACAAGACCGCCUCAAAGCUUUCACUCCGCACGGAACCGCCGUCUCCCUUCCAGCCGGUGUUUUGGCAGCGCAUCUUUGGAAAUGUCAUCUUAAAAGUUGUUUCUAGCUAACUUGUUAGCUUCCGGGUUAGCUUGGAGUUUGGACCGUCUUGCUAAUUUGGCGUAAUUCAAACUAAAUCCAACACAAAGUGAUACACCCUGCAGGAUAUUUCCACAUUGGACAGCGACAAAUUAAAACAUGGAAGCCUUUUAUAGUCCCGUUAACACCACGUCGAAAAGCAGGCCCGAAGGCAUCCCCGGACUUUCCUCGCUCACUCUGCCCGAACUGAGCACAAAGGACCCGCACUGCAGGAACCUAUUCUCCCCUGGACCCGCUGCUGUCCUCUCCCCUGUCACCAAUCUGGCUCUGGAUAUGAACAAUUUAGCUGGACUUGGAAGUCAAUGUGACACCCCGAAAAGGAGAAAGCAUGCACCCCUUGAGAAGAUUCCCUCCUUUGCUUCUGACGUCUCAUCUGAUGCUGGCCUCGGCAUGGAUCCCCCCAGCCCCAUGGAUGCUGUCGAAGUUGAGGACACAUUUGAAAAGGCCAUUCAGCAAUCGAGCAGAGUAGUUAACGAGAAGAUGCCAAUUCGACGAAUCAACUCAUUGCCACUCCAGCUCCUGGGUUUCAGUCCAUCUCUGAGGGGACAGGAAACCGAUUCGAACCGCUAUGGAAUAUUCGGCCAACAACCCUCUCAGAUAACCGCCUCCUCCGCUUCUGAACACGACAAGGAAAACAUGCCAGAGGAGUGUUUUGAAUUCAAGAAACCAACCAAGCCGGCGUCACGUUGCCGCGUUCGCUCCUUCAACGGCGGACAGGCGAAGGACGCUUUUGCCCGCCGUCCCAGCUCAGCACCAGCCCUCAUGCUUUGUUCGCCUCCUUCAGGCCAACAGCAAGACUUCUUCGACUCCAGCCCCAUGUUCCUGAGACGCUCCUCCCUCACCUCGUCUCUAAACGACGACGACGAUGAUGACGGCUUUUUGGACGUACUAGACGACAACAUGGAGAAUGACUCUGGGAUGCCGAUGGGAAUGGCCAGCUUGCUCACUGCCCCGCUGGUGUCCGACAGCACAGCAGAAGACUCGCCUGUGAUUCGCUGCCGGCCACGCAACCUGUUCCGCUCGCCCUCCAUGCCCAGUCCGGUGUCCCGUCCCGCCGUGAAGCGUCCCGACUGCCCCGGAGAUGAAAACACGCCGGUCAGGGUGAAGAGACGACGCAGCCUGGCAGGAACUCACGUCACCAUCCUGGAACAAAACCCCGAAUCCCCCAGAACGACCUGCUCGCUGCUGCAGAGGUCCAAAUCCUUCUGUCAGACGGAGAUUGAAAAGCUGCUGGACAGUGAGGACGGUUCUAAUGAGCUAAUAGGAGAUUUCACCAAGCCCUUCGUGCUCCCAACAGUGGAGGGAAAACAUCAAGACCUAAAGUACAUUACCCCAGAAAUAAUGGUGGCAGCUCUCACGGGACAGUUUGGUCAUCUAGUUGAGCAAGUUAUCAUCAUUGACUGCCGCUACCCCUACGAGUUUGACGGAGGGCACAUCAAGGGAGCUCUGAACCUGCACCAGGAAGACCAGGUGCAGGAUUUCCUCCUGAAGGCCCCCAUCGUCCCGGCCUGCCCCGACAAGCGAGUCGUCAUCAUCUUCCACUGCGAGUUCUCGUCGGAGCGCGGCCCUCGGAUGUGCCGCUUCGUCCGGGAGCGAGAUCGCGCCAUGAACGACUACCCCAAACUCCACUACCCCGAGCUCUACAUCCUCAAGGGCGGGUACAAAGACUUCUUCCCGCAUUUUCAGGCACAAUGUGAACCUCAGUCCUACCGGCCGAUGCACCACGAGGACUUCAAGGAGGACCUGAGGAAGUUCCGCCUCAAAAGUCGCACCUGGGCUGGCGAGCGCAGCAAGAGAGACAUGUACAGCCGGUUGAAGAAGCUGUGAGCGCCUCCUCGUCCUCCGAAAACCGCCUCGAAAACACACCUGCCUCCCGGAAACAAACUCCAAACGACCUCCGCACAGAGCCCCGAAGCCUCACCGAACCGCCGAGGAGCAGCCUUUUGGCAUCGCACCAGCAGAAAAGGGGAUUUGAAAAGUCCUCAAAGUUCCAUUAACUAUAGCGAAGUUAGUUAUUUAUGCAAAUUUAAAGAGGGAAAGACGUGAAAUGAUGAACCCCUCGGCCUCCAGACGUCGCCGAGGUGCAGUGAGCAGAUUUUAUUCAGGUGAUCUGAAGCGUUUUUAAAAACCACUUGGACCUACUGCCUGUUUUUAUUUUGUACUUUUAAUAUUCUGGCACAAAUCGGUGCUAAACUGCAAUAACACAACCAAACCACACUGCCAGGUCUGAAGUUUGUCUUUCGGUCUCCUCACUGGAUGUUUUUUUUUCUUUUGAAUUUGUCAGGUCCCUCUUUUAUUUAAGCACUUAAUUUAAAUCCCUUGUGCUUUUGUGAAACUGCUUUUGAUAUAAUUUUGUCGUAAUGAAUUGUGUGUACUAAUAAUUAGACGGUGAUUUGUGGAAGGUUUUACCUUUCUCCGGGCGUCCCAGAAAUGCAAAUUGGAUAUUUUACAGCUCAUAAAGUGCAGUUUUUUUCCUCUCCUUCCUGAACAGUUGCAAUACUUGGUCAUUUUUUUGCUCAGUCAGAAGAUACCAAAGCAAACAAAAGCUACCUGUUAACUUUGCAGUGAGAUUUUUCCGAUGCUGCAGGUCAGCAAGUGUGACGAGACUUUUUUUUUUCCUUUUGACUGAGAAAAACAUCCUUUGUUUGGCUUUGACUCCAUCAUUUUCAGAGAUCCAGCGUCUGACCCUCUGCAGAGCUAAUGAUGUCAGUUUGUAAGGAGUAGGCUGGUUUGAAUAUUUUGGUGCAGGCUCGUGGAGGAGCUGCUGAAAUAAAGAUCCAAUGCACAUUCAAAAA